ACAGCUAACAUAUAUUGCGCAGUGUACAAACCCAUCAUGAAAUGUCAUAUAUAUCUUCUCUUAAAAUUUCUUAUUUCUGAAUAUAUAAACCCUAAAACACUAUAAUAAGAAGAUACAAAAUGAAAGACAAAAAGACUUACAACUAAUCGAGAGUUUGAGACUGUAGAGAUGAGAUGAAGAUGUGAUAAUCUGGAAGUCCUCAAGCGCUCGGAGCUGUGGAAGUCGGAGAAGUACUCCAGACAGAGAGAUUGAGAGAUCGAGCGGUGACAGUGAUUCAACGACUUAGGAGCAAGAGAAGAAACCAACUGUGACGGUGAGGAUGCGAAUAAGGAGGCGAAGACAUGGUUAAGAGCUAUAGGUUUUUGGUUUUAAUUUUGAGACAUUUUUUAUUUCUUUCUUUACCUCGUAGGUUAUUAAAUAGUUCUAAAUUUCAAAAUUUAUCUUUGGUACAAUAUCCCCAUUUCCUUCAAAAUAGGUAUUUAGGUAUUUUGAGUGUAGUUUUUAUUUUAGUGGCUUCCGAUUCUCUUAAAUUUCUCAAAUAUAUGCCCUUUGGGAUUAACUUGGAAAUAAUUUCAAUGUUUCAUCCAUUAUUAAAAAAAACUGGAGGGGCGGAUUUGUUUUUAUUUUCCUGGAAAUAUAGUAUACAUUUGUUGUUUGUAUAAUAUUUUGUAUUUAGAAGAUAAAAAACCAGGGGGGCCAUGGCCUCCCCUGACCCCUUCUUAGCUCCGCCACUGCAUGGAACCAAUCAUGUAUACCUUCGAGGAACCGCUAAAUGAAGAAAACUAUUACUUAACCAUUGAGGAAGGAGAUCAAGGGUUACUGCCUGUGCUCAUUUUGAGCAAGAAACAAAGAACACAAUCGAAAAGACCAGCUGUUGUUUAUCUGCAUCCAUCAAAUGCAAACAAAGAAUAUAUUGCAAUUGCCAUUGAUGCUCGUUACCAUGGAGAACGUGCCAAAACCCCCAACACCUAUCAAGAAGCUCUUGUUUCAUCAUGGAUAAGAGGUGAUACAAUGCCAUUUAUAUUUGACACGGUGUGGGACCUUAUAAAGUUGGCAGAUUAUCUAACUGACAGAGAUGAUAUACACCAUUCCAAGAUAGGAAUAACUGGGAAUUCGCUUGGAGGAAUGCAUGCAUGGUUUGCUGCUUUUAUUGAUAGACGUUAUUCAGUUGCUGCCCCUGUAAUUGCUGUUCAGGGCUUUCGGUGGGCCAUAGAUAAUGAUCAAUGGCAAGCUCGAGUUGACAGUAUGUGGCCUGUGUUUGAAGUAGCAAGGAUUGAUUUAGGGAAGGUAGCCAUUGACAAAGAGGUUGUGGAAAAGGUUUGGAAAAGAAUAGCUCCUGGUUUAGCAUCUGAGUUUGACUCACCUUAUACGGUGCCACUCAUUGCACCACGCCCUUUGUUCAUUAUGAAUGGUCAAGAUGAUCCCCGUUGCCCAAUCAAUGGUAUUGAUGGUACCAUAUGUAAAACAUAUAAAGCCUUCGAAGAUGCCCAAUGUUUGAAUCAUUUCCAGGUGCAUAUCGAACCAGGAAUUCGACAUGAAGUGACACCAUCAAUGCUUAACGAAGUGAGUGAUUGGAUUGACAAGUUUUUAAAAGCAUAGAAAUUUCUCAUGCAUAGCUAUGUACCUUAUGCUCGACUGAAUAUUGUUGUAUGUUGCAAAAGUAUAUGUAUAUCACCUUCCAAUAAAUGAAAGUUAUUCCAAAUUUGAUUAUGCAUUUUUAAUUUUUUUUUAUUAUAAAUGUGAGGGUG